AUGGCCAGCACCGAGCUCCUCUUCAAGACGGCGGCCGCCCUCGACGUCAUAUCCAUCGCGGGGCACACGUUGAUGGGGUUCAAGACGGUGCAUCCGGCACUCAACAGCAUCCCCACGGCGACAAGCCGCGACAACAACGUCGGCCGGGUGGGAGCGCAGGGCACGUGGAACUAUUUCAACGCCUCUCUUCUGGCUUUGGCUGCUCUGAACUGGCAAUGGGCGCGCACCGGGGGCCCGCAGACGACCGAGGAAAUGGUGGCACUGGCAGCCACGACCAUCAUGGGGGUGGUCAGCGGGGUGGGGUACGUGAAGGUGGGCGAGUACGCGCCGCUGGUCUGCCUGUUCGCCGCUCCCCUGCUGAGCGUUGUGGCCACGCUGAAGGGCAACUGA